AAUUCAAUUCAUGCCGGCGGCGUGCAUGCCACGGAGUACAAAAUAAGGGUUUUGUUUUAAUUUUUAAAUUUGCGAGUCGAAUACGAUGCCUCUACUGCUCUGGUUCCCGCCCGCCGCCGCCGUUUCUACCGUUUUUGCCGCUUCAUCGGUCACAAAAGUCGGCCACCUCCACUGCUCUCAAAGCCGGCGUCUUUGCUGCCGCCGUCCAGACGGUGUUUCCUUACCCCGCUUUCGUGGUAUUUUUUCCUUCGCCGGGAGAAGAAUCAUAAGGCCCAUGGCAACGGCCGACCCUGAUACUCAGACUCAGACUUCCAGUCUGUCAACUGCUCGGAAGCAGGCAUUGAUAUCUCUUUCGGACAAGAAAGAUCUCGAUUUACUUGGAAGAGGGCUACAAGAACUAGGGUAUGCUAUUAUUUCGACUGGUGGAACAGCAAAAGCUCUGGAGCAGGCUGGGAUUACAGUGACUAAAGUUGAAGAAAUUACUUCCUUUCCAGAGAUGCUUGAUGGUAGAGUAAAGACUUUACAUCCAAAUAUACAUGGUGGCAUUCUUGCUAGAAGGAACCAUGAUCACCACAUGGAAGCUUUAAAUGAGCAUGGGAUUGGGACAUUUGAUAUUGUCGUCGUGAACCUUUAUCCCUUUUAUUCAAAAGUUACAUCAGCAAGUGGAGUAACAUUUGAGGAUGGCAUUGAGAAUAUUGACAUUGGUGGACCAACAUUAAUCCGUGCUGCUGCCAAGAAUCACAUGGAUGUUUUGGUUGUAGUAGAUCCUAAGGACUACCCUUCCCUUCUAGAAUUUCUGCAAGGAAAAGAAGAUAAUCUGCAGUUUCGUAGGCAACUUGCCUGGAAAGCUUUUCAAUAUGUUGCUUCCUAUGAUUCAGCUGUUUCAGAGUGGCUUUGGAAGCAAUCUCCACAAGGCAAAUUUCCCCCCAGCCUUACAGUGCCACUUACAAUGAAGUGUACGCUUCGGUAUGGGGAAAAUCCUCAUCAAAAGGCUGUAUUUUAUGAUGACAAAAGUCUCUCUCUGGUAAAUGCUGGUGGUAUUGGAACUGCUAUCCAACAUCAUGGAAAGGAAAUGUCUUACAAUAAUUACUUAGAUGCGGAUGCUGCUUGGAACUGUGUCUCAGAUUUCCAAAGGCCUACAUGUGUGAUUGUAAAGCAUACAAAUCCAUGUGGUGUAGCAUCACGGGAAGACAUCCUCGAAGCUUAUAGACUAGCCGUGAAAGCAGAUCCAGUUAGUGCAUUUGGUGGAAUAGUUGCCUUCAACACAAUCAUAGAUGAGGAUCUUGCAAAGGAAAUCAGAGAGUUCAGAAGCCCAACAGAUGGUCAAACAAGAAUGUUUUAUGAGAUAGUAAUUGCACCAAACUAUACAGAAAAAGGGCUUGAGAUCUUACGUGGCAAGUCGAAGAAUCUGAGGAUACUAGAGGCAAAAAGGACUCAGAAGGGAAUGCUCUCGUUCAGACAAGUUAGUGGGGGUUGGUUAGCUCAAGACUCUGAUGAUUUAACGCCAGGAGAAAUUGAAUUUAAGGUUAUGUCAGAUAGGCCUCCCCAAGCAAAUGAGUUGUCUGAUGCACAGUUUGCCUGGCUCUGUGUAAAGCAUGUGAAGAGCAAUGCCAUUGUCAUAGCCAAGAAUAGCUGCAUGUUGGGGAUGGGGAGUGGUCAGCCCAACAGGUUGGAGAGCUUAAGAAUUGCUUUCAGGAAAGCUGGAGAUGAGGCAAAAGGAGCUGCUUUGGCUAGUGACGCUUUCUUCCCCUUCGCAUGGAAUGAUGCUGUGGAAGAGGCUUGCCAGAAUGGCGUUGGGGUCAUUGCAGAACCUGGAGGAAGCAUCAGAGAUGCAGAUGCAGUAGAUUGUUGCAAUAAAUAUGGGGUUUCUUUGCUCUUCACCAAUAUAAGACAUUUCAGGCAUUGAAAUUGGAUUCUGGAGAGGAAGCUGCUUCCAGACAUUAAAGAAUAAUGGUUUUGUUGCUGAGAGAUUUAGGUUUUGUUUGGGAUGGCUUUCUUAUUGCUUUGCAAAGCAGCUUUUUAGUAUAAAAAUUACAAAUAUUGUACUAAAAAGCUUCUUUAAGAAGCAGUAAGAAAGUCGUAUUUGUUUGAGACAACUUUUUUACUGUUUUCUAAAGCAGCCUUUUAGUUAAAAAAAUUUUGUACUAGAAAGCUGUUUUAGAAAGCAGUAAGAAAGUUGUCCCGAAUGAAGUCUUUGUUUUAGGUUAAUUAAUUUUUGUUUUAAUUUGUGUGCUUUAUUUAUAAUUUAAGUUUGUAUUUUACUGUUGUUGAGAAGUUAUUAUUUGCAGCUUGAAUUAAUAAUUGAUAUUGUUGUUGCUUA